UGACAAAAGAGAAGCUGGCCAGGUGAGUCGAGUCUCAGUCAGCGCUGGUCAUGACCACAGCUCCAUGCCGAUAGCUGCGAGAAGGGAGCAGACCGAGUGAGGAGCCGUCAAGGGACACAGGAUGGUGAGGUGCUGGAAGCGUUCGGAGAACCGGCUGGAGGAAGCACAGUGUUCGGAUGGGGGCCCUGAUGUGUCCCCCCAGUCCCACUUCCCACACAAGGCCUUCUGGCUCAGCCUCUCAGCCUCUCUCCUCCUGGUCGUCAUCGCCCUCGGUUUGUCGGGGCACCUCGGGGUGUCUCAGCCCCUCUCUUCCUCUUUACAGAUUGUGAGAAUCACAGUUCCAGAUCAGACCGGCGUUCUGAUCAACCAGUCAGCCGUUGUGGACCAGAAGAAUGACCUGGUGACCUUCUCGGUGACCUCGCCAGCAAAUCAGACAUCCACUGUGCUAUUUGAUAUAAAGCAUGGUUUGAUAUGCUACAAACCCGUGGACCAGGACAGCUGCUUCCUCCGAGAGAUGGAGCAGUCUGACUACGACAACGUCAACUCCCUCCUCCAUGAGCCAACACGCAAGCAGUUCCAGCUGUCUGGGAAUGAAACCCGGAGGCAGACGGAGUUCCUGGGAGUGCUGGCAGCCAGUCAGGUGAACGUGUCGUCGCUGGAGGAGCCUCUGCAGGCUUUAUGUCAGGACAGGUCCGUCCACUGGACCAGGAGGGCUGAAGGUCCAGGUAAACAGAGGCUGGUCUACUUCUGCAUCGACAUCUGCUUUCCCAGCAACAUCUGCGUGUCCGUGUGCUUCUACUACCUGCCAGAGUGACUCUGUAUUCUGUUUCCUCCCAGCAAAAGAUCAGGGAAACAAAGUUGUCUUUUUUUUUUUUUUUUUUGCUUGCUCUACAAGAAAAAAAAAAAAAAGCAGAACAAAAGCAAGCUUUGACCGUUUCCUUUGUGCCAUACAGUCGCCAGUAAACCAGUUGAAGCAGCCAACCCUUCCAGUCCAUUUCCAUCCUUCCGAGAGAGAAGAGAUGGAGACAGGCUGUCAUGGUUAUCGUCAAAUCCCCAUCGUCACUCCCUUCAUGUAUAAUACCCUCUCUGGUGGCACACUUCAGAGAUUACAGAAGAAAGGUCCCCUUUUCUUGUACAUGCCUCUAAUUGCAUUCCCUGUAACCCACUGCUGCAGAGUAAUUAUGUAUAACCGUUUCUGUUGCAAUGUGAGUGGUUUUGAUAUGUCCAAUAAAAGACACAUUCUGUGGGUA